UCUUAUCUCAUUUGCUUCAGGCAGAUAAGACACGCCCAGAAAUUGUUUAAUGAGUAACGCUCGACGACAAACAGACAUGCGAAGCGCUUUGUUUCUACUCGCUUUGUGCCUUUUCUCGCCGCCGACAGAGGCCCAAAACGAGGAAUGGUGGCCGACCGCCACACUUUAUCAGGUCUACCCCCGAUCUUUGAAAGACACAAAUGGCGAUGGUGUUGGCGACAUCAAAGGGAUAACCGAGUCGAUCCCACAUCUGGUUGAGGCUGGAAUCGACUGCGUGUGGCUGUCGCCGAUUUAUAAAUCGCCCAUGAAGGACUUUGGCUACGACAUCUCUGACUUCAUGUCCAUAGAUCCGAUUUUCGGCACGUGGGAAGAUUUUCUCGAGCUUGCCAGGGUGGUCAAGGAGGCUGGUUUGCGACUGGUAAUGGAUAUUGUGCCAAAUCACACGAGCGACGAGCAUGAAUGGUUUAUCAAAUCCAUCAACAGAGAAGAUCCUUACACUGAUUAUUACAUAUGGAAAGACUCCCUUGGAAUUGAUGAAAAUGGCACACAAAUUCCCCCGAACAACUGGAUAAGUGCGUUUGCCGGCUCUUCUUGGGAGUGGAACGAACAAAGGCAGCAGUUUUACUUGCACCAGUUUACCGUGGCUCAGCCUGACCUAGAUUACCGCAAUCCUUUGGUCAUAGAGGAAAUGAAGAACGUCCUGCGUUUCUGGUUAGAAAACGGGAUGGACGGAUUUCGCGUGGACGCCCCCGGCCACAUAGUGGAGCACAUCGACUUUCUAGACGAACCGCCAACCAACGACCCCAACUGUCCGCCUAUGCAGUUUUGCCAAUUGCAGCACAUUUACACGAUGAACCAGCCUGAAACGCUGGACAUCUUGUGGGAGUUUAGGCAGGUUGUUGAAGAGUAUGAAUUGACCAGUGGAGAAAAAAAAGUAAUUAUGAGUGAGCCAACAAAUAACAUAGUUGACACCAUGACAUUUUACGGAACACCGGAGAGGCCACUGAUGGACUUUCCAUUUAACGUUAAUUUUGUGUUUGACAUCAACAACCAAACCAACGCGUCUACUCUGAAGGGUGCGAUCGACAAAUGGAUCGACAACAUGCCCGCACACGCCACUGCAAACUGGGUGAUGGGAAACCACGACCAACCCAGAAACAGGGCACGUCAGGGCGAGGAAUUCGCGAUGGCCUUGAGCAUGGUGAACCUUCUGCUGCCCGGCAUCUCGAUCACAUAUUACGGUGAGGAAAUUAACAUGGACAACACCUUCGUCAGUUGGGAGCAAACCCAAGAUCCGCAGGGUUGCAACGCAGGGCCGGAAUACUACCAGCGAUUCUCUAGAGACCCUGAGCGAACUCCUUUCCAGUGGAACGACCAGCCGUUCGCAGGAUUCACAACCGGAAAUACAACUUGGCUGCCGGUCAACGAGAAUUACUUGACGCUGAAUUUAGAGGCGCAACGGGCAGCGGAAAGAAGCCCGUUCAAAAUAUUCCAAAAAUUGACGGCCGCGAGAAAGACGGACUCUGUCAAAUCAGGUGCAUUUGAUCAUCAGGUUCUGUCAGAGCAUAUUUUCGCUUUUGUGAGAGAAGAGCCGCCGUCCCUAAGCUACCUGGUUUUGGUGAACACGGGAUACUCAGAGGCGCAGGCAAACGCUAGAGCCUCAUUUGCACAGCUUCCAGACGCCGGCAUCGUUUACACUAACACACCUUCGUCUAAUUUUCAAAUCGGGGACGUUGUUGGGUUGGACGCGAUCGUUUUACCAGCUCGCGGAGGCCUUGUGAUUUCUUACUUGCCGCUCGUCUGAUUACCAAUAAAUAUUGAUUCUUGUAAUAAAAA